AUGGCAACUCCGACGAACUCGAACUCACCCGAAACUACGACAAACCCGAAUGUGGUGGAGACACGCCGUACGAUCUCCCGUUACGACCUUACCGCGGCUGACAACUCUGGUGCUGUGAUCUCUCAUCCCUUACUCAAGGGAUCGAACUAUGAUGAAUGGGCUUGUGGAAUGAAAACUGCUCUUUCUUCUCGCAAGAAGUUUGGUUUUCUCGAUGGCUCUAUCGCUAGACCCAAUGAAGGCUCCUCAGAUCUCGAUGAUUGGUGGACCAUUCAAGCACUCCUUGUUUCCUGGAUCAAGAUUUCCAUCGAUCCGUCUCUUCGUUCCAGUAUCUCCUACCGCGAUGUUGCUAAGGAUUUAUGGGACACCUUGAAGAAACGUUUUUCAGUCACUAAUGGUCCUCGCAUUCAACAGCUGAAGGCGGAGUUGGCCUGCUGCAAGCAAAGAUGUCUUGCUAUUGAGGCUUACUUCGGCAAACUCAAUAGGAUUUGGGACAACAUGGCACACUAUCGUCCCUUGCGUGUUUGCAAGUGUGGGAAGUGUGAGUGUGACCUUGGGACUCUUCAAGAACAGGAUCGUGAGGGUGACAAGGUUCACGAAUUUCUUUCUGGUUUCGAUGAUAACUACCAUACCGUGCGGUCUACUUUGGUUUCUCGUAUGCCUCUUCAUCCCUUGGAGGAGGUGUACAACGUUGUUCGCCAAGAAGAAGAUCUAAAGACUAAUGCUCGUCUAACUGAACCUACGCCGGAAGUUGCUGCUCACGCGGUGCAGGUGAAACCACGCUCGACUCCUUUUCGUACCGAUGUUUCUGAUCCUAAUGUUGUGUGUAAGCAUUGCAAACACUCUGGUCAUUCUUCCGACAAUUGCUUUGCUGUUCUUGGCUAUCCUAAAUGGUGGGUUCAUGUCCCUCCCACACCAAACUCUCACCAUGCGAACUACACAAUCACGGAUGCUGAUCGCAAUGGUGUAAGUGGUCUCAAUGAUGAUCAGUGGCGUAUGUUGAUGAAUCUCUUGAAUGGGGGAGCCAUCACAAGCACUGAAAAAGUAUCCGGAAAUUUUGAGCUUUUAACGGCUGUUUGCGAUAUGCCUCCGGUUCUUGUUAUCUUGGUUGAUGGUCGAGAAAGGGUUUCUACAAAGGAAGGCACUGUUGUCUUAAGGUCCAAUCUGGUUUUGAAAUCAGUCUAUUUUGUCGAAGCGUUAACCGCUGAUCUGAUUGCAGUAGGACAAUUAAUGGAUGAGAACCGUUGUGUGAUUCAACUUGCCGAUCACUUUCUUGUCAUUCAGGACCGUGUUUCGAGGACGGUGAUUGGAGCGGGUAAGCGGGACUCCGGAACCUUCUACUUUCGCAGAACAGAGCUUGUUGCAGCGGUUCGGACUCGUGAGGAUACAUCCUAUGAGUUGUGGCAUCAUCGCUUGGGACAUCCUUCUGCUCAAGUUGUUGGUUCUCUUAAAAAUAUUUCAGUUGGAAAAAAUUCUUUGCCAUGGUUAAAAACCAGUUUAACACCACCGUUUAACACUUCCGUAGUGAUAACGGCACCGAGUUUAUGA